UUAGCUAAAAGAUUUUUAUCUUUCUUUCUAAUAGGAGCAACCGCAACUAGCCGACAGCAGCUGGAGACGCUUCCUGCAGUACAGCAGCAGGGGCCCCGACGUCGCAGCGAAGGUGACUCCCCCUCACAACAGCCACAGUCAAAUUUUAAAUUCAAUUCACCGUCAGUUGAAGCAGAAUUAAGUGGACAGUUGAAUAUCUUUAAGGAAAGCAGGCGGGUCUUCCUGGGCGACUGCACAUUGAAAAAUACGCAAACGGACAAAAUAAUGGGAAGCGACGGAAGACUCAACAAGGAUCCCCGAGAAGGAGAAGAAUCUGGACAACAAAUUCGCUGUCGGAACCCAAAGUGCAACCAGUGGGCUUCGCCAGGCGAUGCCAAGAAGCUCUACAAGUCAUGCCAUAAUUGUUCCCAUUUAUACUGUUCGCGUGAGUGUCGACGAACCCAUUGGGAAAGGCAUCGCAAGGAGUGCCUCCACUCGCGUGCCUCCAACCUGUGUCGCCAGGUGCUAGCUACUUGCAAAGACGACCUGGACUCGCAGCGCCACCUCAGCCUGCUAGCACGCAAAGGAUGCCUCUCGCAGGGACGGGGCGUCGUGCGGGUUCUAUUUCGGAGUGUUGAGAUGGCAGAGGGGUUCAUCAGGAUUGGGUUCCAAUGUAUGGGCGAAGCUUCGUACGUGCGCUGGCCGGAUCUUAUGCCAGCCGAGAUGGGCCUGGAAAUGUACUCAGAGCUACUUAAGCUCAGCACAAUGUACAAGCCAGAGUCCAAGAUGCUUAUAUACGUGGCCAUUUGUGUGGUGUCGGAGGCGCCGGGCAUGGGUCAGGCGCCGGUGCGCUGGGAACGCCAACUGGUGAGUCGUUGUGCCAAACUAAAGCUCUGCAAGAAAGUUGUGACCGAGUUGGAACAGGAGCUUGCGCUUCGUCUUCAGCAACCGCUGGAAGUGGUAGCCAAGCCGGAACGUACUGAAAUUGUCAUUCUAAUCUUCAACACCGGGCAGGGCUUCUUGAACCGCAACCGGGAGUUGAUCCUUUCCAACAUUGUUGACAUCCUGUCCAGACGCGGAGUCAUGCUGCGCAGGCACUACCCGGAAAUUUUUCAGCGCCUGCAAACAUACAUCUGGGGGCGGAGCAAUAAAUUCAACCCAGUUACAUUGCAUCCGCGAGAUUCGCAGACCGGCCAUAGCUUCGUCUGCAUUAUCAUGCCGACGCAAACAAAAAGUCAAUUCAUUAAUCUUCCCUCAGCGGCGGACGGUGGCAAUCGAGUGACUACCAUCGAUGUAUGCUCUCCUGCGGCUUUCGCCCAGCAAGACGAUGAUGAGCUACUUAAGACCACAUCCAAGAACAUUUGAUUAAAUGCUGAAAAAAUCAAUUGCAGUGGUAGCAAAGAACUUCAGAAGGAAAGGAGCGGCAGUGCCAACGCUUUUCACGCCAAGCUUUUCAACGACUCCUUAAAAUGUGGCAUAGAAAGUACCCGAAUGUAAGACACAUUCUUUCUAAUAAUGCUUUACUUACUUAAACUUACUUUUUGAACGUUAUAAAUAAUUAAUUAACGUCGCACAGUGGCGCUUUUGACGAAAAAACGUCAAACAAAAUCUAAAUUUUGGAAGGUAACCGAUUUUGGUUCUAAAAACAAACAAAAAAUGUUUAGCUAAUUUAGCCCACUUAUAGGUAGAAUAUUUAAAAAAAACUCAGUAUUCUUUUGUCUUGCUUUCACCCAUUGCAGUGUUUACUAAGUGUAAAAUACAUUUGACCCAAUUAUAGUUUUAUAUCCGCUUUGCCAAAUGUUAAUUUUUUCCAUGUUUUUCAACAUUUAUGGCGGCCAUAUGGCUACUUUCCAAAUGAAGUUGUCUGAUGAAAAAUAAAAAUAAUAUUUAUAAGUAUUUGUAUAUUAUAUUUCUAACACGAUUUCUGGAGAUUCUUCUUAAUAAUUGGAAAGUUCUAGCAGCGUCUGUUCACAAUUUUAUCUGCAUGAGGAAACAAAAGUUAAAAGAACAUGGUUCUAGAAAUUGUAUGAUGUACUUCCCAGACCAGUGCAUCAAGACCAGAAACCAGUAACAAUGUUAUUAUUCUUAAGAAUUUUAAAUUUUGAAAUGUUUUGAGUGACAAUUAGUUCGACUCAAACUAUUUUAAUAAAUGUUUAAUAGUUAUUUUAAAUCAAAUGUUACUUUCUAAGAACUAGAACUUAUAAAAAAAACAAAACUGCGUAAAAUGAACUUGUUUCAAAAUGUUGACCUUGAUUCUUAAGUAUUCUUCUGUAAAGCCUACUUCCUGUUUUAAACAAUCUAUUAAAUGAAUACCAAUUAUGUAUUAAAUGUAAUUUAAAUUAAAGAAAGGUGAAAUUGCACCACUUGACUACGCCGACUACGCAAGAUAAUUGUACUAGUCUAAUUUUUUGUAAAGGUAUUAAAGAAUUUUACAAAAAUUGAGCCUACAAAAAAUGUAUGUAUAAUUGAGGGCCUAGCAUGAAUUGUAAAUUGUAAUUUGUAAAUUGUGUUAUACAUGUUGUCAUGUUGGGCGAUCUGUAGAACAAAUAUUCGUUUUUAAGGAUUUCGAAUUUCUCCGAUAUAGUAACAGAAGUUAUAUAUGUAGUUCCGGAUAACAAUGUGGAUGUUUUGUCAUUUAGAAUUACAUUUUUAAGAAACCCUUCUCUAUGACCUGUUGGAUUUUUAAAUAAAUAAAAUUACUUAAGUCGUUGUAUCGAUAAAUUUGGUUUGACUUACUUGAAUUGCACAAUAUAACAAAAAGGAAGAUAGCUUAAGCCAUAAUAUGCAAUAAAAAUCAAAGGUUUAU